AUGGACACGGAGACUCCCCAUGCGCAGGAAAAUGGCUUUGCGCAGUCUCCCUGGAUGGAUAUGGGCGGCUUCCAUCCGUCCCAUCAGAACUCGCCACCAUUGGAUUAUCAUGGUUUUGGAUACCCGGUUCAUGUACCUCUAGAUGCUUCCUACGGCGUCACGAUACCGCCGCCUUAUGCACCACCUGCACUGCCCAUGACUGUACCUUCCAAUGCCUGGCCCAGCAUGCUCACCACUUCCUCUCAACCGCCUUUCCAGCAGUCGGAGCAUCCAGUGGCGCCGGUCCCAAUCGCGCCGUCUGUCUCGCCAAUUGCCCCAGUUCCACCACCCAGGAAGUCUUCCACGAGUAGCUCCACGCCUCGGAGGACCCUUACCGACGAUGACCGGCGAAGGAUGUGUCUCUACGCCGAGGAAAACAAGACCGCCAAACAGACGGAUAUCGGAGCGCUUUUUGGUGUUGAACGAAGCACCGUUUCUAAAGUGCUACGCCAAAAGGACAAGUAUCUUAACCCAGAAGAUGGAAGUCGAUCGCCUAUCAAAAGAGCCAAGGGCCGAGUCCCUGAUAUUGAAAAAGCCCUGUCCAACUGGGUGAGGAAUUAUCAACGAGGAGGGCAUGGCCUGACUGAUGAAAUGAUAAGAGAGAAGGCUCUCUUCUUUGCCAGCACCUGUGGUUCUGACGGGAAGGAGAAGGUCCUCAGCAACAGCUGGUUGGAGAAGUUCAAGCAAAAGAAUGGCCUGCUAGGUGCCAAAGUUCGAAAGGGCUCUUUUGGCGCGAAGAGUGAUUCGGAAAGCCCUACUGGUCUGAGCAUCAAUUCGGCCCUGGCAUCUGCUGUGCACUCACCCAGUGUGCUUUCGCCCAUCUCACCUACUGGCUUUGUAUCUCCUUCUGCACUGUCUCCUGCUCAGAGUCACGAAAAUAUCAGGGGGAGUAUUUCCGUUGGUCCCACAGAUCUGGGUAUCGACUUUCAACAUUCGCAUUCACGGAGUACCAUUUCGCUCGAUACCACCGCUUCUUUCUCUCCGACGUCCACGCUGCUUACCGAGAGUCCGUUCACUCCGUCCAGCCAGUCCCGUAUCUCCCCAACGGACGUUAAUUCCAGCAGACCAAGGAGCCAAACAUUUCCAAUCGCAAACGCCGAUCCCCACUCCAUGCCCACGGACGACUUAUCCGAGCCGACAUCUACUAUGAAGGGACUUCUACCUGCUGCUAUGGAAGACGCCGUCGGUGAUGAUUGCGACCAGAAAGUUGCACUCAAUAUUGACACAUCCCCCGGAACCAUCAAACGGAACCGAAGCAACCCAGAUAUUCGGGCUAGAACUAUUUACCCCCCGUCAUAUUCAAGAUCCACGACUGUUUCCCCAAUCAGCUCUCCUGGAUCCCCGACGCAGGAUGAAGCCCGCAAGGCUUUAGAGCUGGUGGUGAACUAUUUCGAGCAUCAGAGCUCUGGAUUAGGUGCCCAAGAAGCCGUUACCAUUGGUAAACUACUGGAGAGGCUACAGCUCGCCCAACAACCACCGACCCUACCAGGUGGCCUUACUCGUAUUGAUGAACAUGAUGACGCAUCUCCACCCCAUCAAUCUUCUCUCACAAAGAAGCGAAGCAUCCAUAAUAUGGGGUGA